CGAAGAGGCCCAAGACAACUCCCCAAAGCCCUGAGACGUGGACCAAGGCCUUCAGUCCGCACUGUGGUGUAUUCUGGGUCCGGCAUGCAGAGAUGGUACUCAACUUUGCAGACAAGGCCCCGAGGUAACCGACGCGCCGCGGGUCGGCAGAACGUUUUAAUUAUUUCUAGUUCGUCGUACCACGGUGACAUUCUAUGCCGCACCCUGGAGUUCUUUUACUCAAACUCCCCCUUCUCGCAGGCACAACAUGGGGAAUAAACCUGGCAAUGACUUCUCCCAAUCCACCACCACCACCAAAUGAACGGGUUGAGCGGGUGGGCGUUGAGAAUAAAUAUCUUCCAUGGUUCACGACAUGGGUACCCGCGAUUGGAAAGAAAACAUUUUGGGUUCUGGCCCUCUGCGAAAGCGCCACGAUUCUUGGAAUUAUCCAAUCUCCUUCAAAGCCAUUCAUAACACCGAUAUCAGUGAUUACUUCCUUCAUGACAGUUGCAGGCGCUCUCAUCCGUCGUUCAUGCUACCACCAUCUCUCGACACUCUUCACGUUUGAUCUCGCAAUCAGACCUGAUCACCGCCUUGUCACUUCGGGUCCAUACGCCUUAGUUCGACAUCCAAGUUACGUUGGCGCAAUACUCUCUGGAGUAGGUGCUGUGAUGUUCACGCUGGGUUCGAGAGGAUCUUGGUUCAUGGAAUGCUCCGGGAUGGUUCCUAUCUCACUCAAAAGUUCGUUCGGACCUGGCCUCGAAGAGAGUUACACGUUAUUUCCUCAAUCGAAUCGAUAUUUCACAUCGUUCUUCGUGCUAGGGACCCUGGUAGGAGUUAUGGCCCUAAUUAUUCUUGUUCCGCGGAUGACAAAAGAGGAUGAAAUGAUGAAACAGAAGUUUGGAAAGGAGUGGGAGGAGUGGAGAGCGAGAGUGAGGUGGCGAAUCGUACCAGGAAUCUACUGAAGACCGCGUUCUACCAGCGGGACUUACUACUUGCCAAACGAUGAUUUAGGCAAGUAUCCAGUUGUUGUCAUAACGGCAUUUGACUUUUCGUGCUUGCCAUAUAUGCCUGGCUCAGCGCAACUUUCUCCAUAUGGGGGCGCUCUGUUGACUAACUAUCUGCAGGACACUUCAAAAUCAUCUGUGACGUGUUGGAAUCCGGGCAAGGAUGAGACUUCUUGUCCAGUUCGAAGAGUCGGAAAUGUUAGCGUCUAGUAAUACUCUCAAUCUAUACGCCGCAGUCUACUAGAGACGAAUGUGAAUAUAACGUUGAAUCUUCCGCUGCAGUCGC